AAAGAUAGCUCGAUUCAGACAAAACUAGAAGGGUCUUACCGGAACCGGGGGAUAUUUGAAAACAUUUCCCGAGAAAUGGCCGAUCGGGGAUACAAACGCUCCUGGAUCCAAUGCCAACGGAAAAUCAAGAGCCUCCGGGCCAAAUAUAAGGAGGCUAAAGACGUAAACAAACGAAGCGGACGUGGACGUGUCACCUGUCCAUUUUACGAAGAGCUGGACCGUGUUUUGGGAGACAAGCCCAGCGUUCAACCACUAUACCUGGUGGAUAGCUGCUUUGCCGGAGAGGAGCCCGAGGAGAGGAGCCCAGGUCCUGCCGCAAACACAGGCAGCGGCAGCAGCGGCAGCGGUGAUACAGGUGAUGGGACGCUUGCCUCACCUUCAACUCCUGCCUCAACCUCAGAGGAAAGUUCUACACCAAGAACUGAUGAUUCAAGCUUUAACAGCAGUACACCAUCUACAUCCUCUGGCUCAAGAUCUGCUAAGAGAAAAAGAAAUUCAAAGCUGGAGACAACACUGGAGGUCUUUGUUGACAAAAUUGGCAGUGCCCUAAAAAAUGAAGACACUGAUCUUUUAUUAAAAAUGCAAGCAGCUCAGCAUAAGCAUGAGCUGAAAAUGUUUUCCAUGCUGUCCCAGUUCUUAGAGAGAUCAAGCCACCCUCCUCAGCCACCGUUUUACCAGGCUCCAAUGCAGCCUUCACAGCCUUACAGCGCAAGAGCACCUCCUACUCAUCCCUCACCGUUUCCUGUAGUUCCAGGUCCAUCCAACAUCAGGCCUCUGUCCUUUCUUCAGGAUUUAAAUCAACCACUGCUGUUCAACAGUGCUCAAUCACAUUCACAUGCCACACAAUCCUUUUGUGAAACACUAGCUAAUGCUCAUGAUUAUCCUCCUGCCUUCCAGUCUGAAGAUGAGGAUGAAAUGUAAGCACUUUUGAAAAGUCCUGAUUUUUGUUUUGAAGGAAGCUGAUCUGCAUUUUAAUUUAAAUACUGCAGUUGCAAUGAAAGGUUAAGUUUACUUUAUUAGUUAGUACUUGAAUUUAAGGUGCAAUAUUUUUUCAUAUUGAUUGUUCUGUUUUUGUAUUCGAAAACAUUGUUAAAUGUUGUUAAAGCUGAUAAAGAAAAUUGCACUA